AUGAGGAGGAAUCCCGUGCGAGGUGAUGUGAAGGGCAUGUGGGCUGAGGAUGUUAGCUGGACUCUGUCAGGACCAAGAUGGGGGCAAGGGAGGCCACACCUUGAGCUUCCAGAUGUUUCUGCAAACUUCGAGGCAGACACCGAGCCCCUGAGAUGCACAGCACCCUCUCCAGGCACCUGCCAAGCCCCGGGGCAGAGGGGCAGCAGAGGUGAGGUGCUCCCUGCUGACAUCUGCGAGAAGUUCCUCACCCCUGCACUGCCCAGAGUAAAAGUUGGGCAGAAAGGAUGCGAGCGGGGACACAGGCAGUGUGAGAUCCGGAACAUUCUAGUAGUCCCUGGGGACCAAGGAAAAGCAAUGCCAAGGGACAGUGUUACUAGCAAGGUUUCCAUGGUGGAGACGCAAGACCUCACAGGAGCCGAAUGCGAUGAGAUGUGUUCCAGCUCCAUGCAGUGUUUGACCCUCAAGGGAGGUUGGUACCUCUCCUGCCACUUACACAACCACUCACAGAAUCCAGAUGCUGUGAAGGCGGGGGUGAUGCUGACACCAUUUAUCUGUGUCCUCAGCGGUCAUAUCAGCGCCAUGCCGGCCACAGAGCAGGCUCUCAACCAGCACUUCAUGAGUGUGGAGUCAAACAUCGCGAGCAAAAUAAACACCUUCUGGUCUCGACACUCUCACCCUCAACAAUGCUAUCGCCACUCAAGUACAGUCAAACAAUUAUAG